AUGAGUGAUUUAUGUCCAGUUUAUGCUCCAUUCUUUGGUGCCAUGGGUUGCGCAGCAGCUAUCAUUUUCACAUCCUUUGGUGCUGCUUACGGUACUGCCAAGUCUGGUGUUGGUAUUUGUGCCACUUGUGUAUUGAGACCUGAUUUAUUAUUCAAGAAUAUUGUUCCAGUUAUUAUGGCUGGUAUCAUAGCCAUUUAUGGUUUAGUUGUUUCAGUCUUAAUUGUUUACUCUCUAGGGCAAAAACAAGCAUUAUACACUGGUUUUAUCCAAUUAGGCGCUGGCCUUUCAGUUGGUCUCAGUGGGGCUGCUGCAGGCUUUGCAAUUGGUAUCGUUGGUGAUGCUGGUGUCAGAGGUACUUCUCAACAGCCAAGACUAUUCGUCGGUAUGAUUUUAAUUUUAAUUUUUGCUGAAGUUUUGGGUUUAUAUGGUUUGAUUGUCGCCUUACUAUUAAACUCCAGAGCUACACAAGAUGUCAUUUGUUAA